AUAAACAUCUUAUAAAAGAAGAUGAUAGGAAAACAGUUAUAUCUAUCGAGGGGAACAUUGCGAGUGGAAAAACAACAUGCCUGGAUUAUUUUGCACAGACUACCAGCAUUGAGGUUUUGACAGAACCAGUGACUAAAUGGAGGAAUGUUCGUGGUCAUAAUAUCCUGGGCUUGAUGUACCAAGAUGCAUCAAGAUGGGGGAUAACCUUACAGACUUACGUGCAGCUUACCAUGUUGGAGCAGCACACCAGGCCAAUGAUCUCCCCCAUCAGAAUGAUGGAGCGAUCCAUUCACAGUGCUAAAUACAUUUUUGUAGAGAAUUUGUAUCGCAG